CUUCUAGACGGUUCCCAACACACCGGCCACUGCGGUUAUCGACAGCACCAAACCGAGGGGAAUCCUGCACGAACCGAGUCGCCGCGAGCACGAGGUCAUGGCGGAUUCGGCCGCACCCCGUCCAACCGUCCUCGUCACCGGCGCCGGCGGCCGAACAGGCCAUAUUGUGUACAACAAGCUGAAAGAGAGAUCCGAGCAAUUUGUCGCCAGAGGUCUAGUGAGGACAGAGGAGAGCAAGCAGAAAAUUGGGGGAGCAGAUGAUGUUUACAUCGCUGAUAUAAGGGAUGCAGAUCGUCUAGCGCCUGCUGUUCAGGGUGCUGAUGCUCUCAUAAUCCUCACAAGUGCCGUCCCGAAGAUGAAACCAGGUUUUGACCCUAGCAAAGGCGGGAGACCUGAAUUCUACUAUGAAGAUGGAAUGUACCCUGAGCAGGUGGAUUGGAUUGGCCAAAAGAAUCAGAUCGAUGCUGCCAAAGCUGCUGGGGUGAAGCAUAUAGUGUUGGUGGGAUCCAUGGGAGGAACAAAUCCUAACCAUCCACUGAACAGUCUUGGAAAUGGCAAUAUACUAGUAUGGAAGCGCAAGGCAGAACAGUAUUUGGCAGACUGUGGAGUUCCUUAUACAAUAAUAAGGCCUGGAGGUUUACAGGACAAAGAUGGAGGGGUGAGGGAGUUAAUUGUUGGGAAGGAUGAUGAGCUUCUCCAGACUGAUACAAAGUCAAUUCCUAGAGCUGAUGUGGCUGAAGUUUGUGUACAGGCUCUGCAGUAUGAAGAGGCAAAGUUCAAGGCAUUUGAUUUGGCAUCAAGGCCUGAAGGUGUGGGCACACCAACAAAGGAUUUCAGGGCGCUGUUCUCCCAGAUUACUGCUCGGUUUUGAGCUAUCCCCUAAGAAACCUACGGCAUGCCCACAUUCUAGGUUCCCAUGGUGUACCAUUCCAUUGCCUGUGGACUUGUACUGGAUAUAUAAAACUAGUAGCUUGUGAAUGAUGGAGCUGUAGUUUAGUGUGAUUGUUAAAAAUCGCAUUAGCAGAACUGCUGAAAGAAACCAGUGUGUUUGGGGCUGAAGUUAAACACUUUCUGGUUGAAACUGUGAGCACUGUUAAAUACCAAUCAGCCAACAUAUUUGGGUACAACUGGUGACCUGCUUCGGUUA